GCGCGCGCCGGAAGUGCCUGGCAGACGGCGGCGGCGGGCGGACGGGUGCGUUCCUGGUUUCCCGCGGCCGAGUCGGCAGAGAGACGGAGAGACAGAGACAGAUCUUCCACCUGCUGGUUCACUUCCCAAAUGUCUGCAACAGCCGAGGCUGGGCCAGGCCGAAGCCAGGAGCCACAAACGCAGUCUGGGUCUCCUGCUUGGGUGGCAGGGUCCCAAGUACUUGAGCCGUUAUCUGCUGCUUCCCCUGUGGGUUACAGAAGAGAUGAGAUGUGGUCUGAAGGACGCUAUGACUAUGAGAGACUCCCAAGAGAACGGGUACCUCCUCGCAGUCACCCUGGCGAUGGCUACCGUAGAGUAGUUAAUAUUGUGCCAAAGAAACCACCACUGCUAGACAGACCUGGUGAAGGAAGCUACAAUAGAUAUUACAGUCAUGUUGAUUACCGAGAAUAUGACGAGGGCCGCAGUUUUUCUCAUGAUCGAAGAAGUGGUCCGCCUCACAGAGGAGAUGACUCUGGUUAUCGGUGGACGAGAGAUGACCAUUCUGCAAGCAGACAGACUGAAUACAGGGGGAGGCAAACAACGGAGCCCUUACUCCCUCUUCCUCCAGAGGCCCUGCGACGGAAAGCUCCCUCCUUCACAAGGGGGAGGCAAACAACGGAGCCCUUACUCCCUCUUCCUCCAGAGGCCCUGCGACGGAAAGCUCCCUCCUUCACAAGGAACAUGAGAGAUGGCUUUAGAAGAAAAGGUUGCUACUCUUCCCAUUACGUGAGAGACCGGUCUCCUCAUAAAAGGGAUGCUCCUUUUCUCAGAGAAUCACCUGUAGGCCGCAAGGACUCUCCUCACAGCAGAUCCGGCUCCAGUGUCAGUAGCAGAAGCUACUCUCCGGAAAGAAGCAAAACAUACUCUUUCCAUCAGUCUCAGCAUAGAAAGCCCGCGCGUGCUGGUACCUUCUACAAACGGCAGAAUGAAGGAAAGCCAGAAAGAGGUAAAGAGAGAGCCGUCCAGUCUUUGAAAACAUCAAGAGACACUUCGCCCUCAAGUUCUUCAACAGUGCCUUCAGCAAAGACGCUGGACAAGCCCAGCAGGCUCACUGAGAAGGAACUUGCGGAGGCCGCGAGCAAGUGGGCUGCUGAGAAGCUGGAGAAGGCGGAUGAAAGUAACUUGCCGGAAAUUUCAGAGUAUGAGGCGGAAUCUACGGCACCGUUAUUCAUUGAGCACCCAGAGGAACCUGAAUCCAGUACGGCUGCCGGUGUGGAACUGUUUGAAGACAGUCAGCUGACUACUCGCUCUAAAGCAAUAGCAAACAAAACCAAAGAGAUUGAGCAGGUUUACCGGCAAGACUGUGAAACCUUCGGGAUGGUUGUCAAGAUGCUGAUUGAGAAAGAUCCUUCUUUAGAGAAGUCCAUACAGUUUGCACUGCGGCAGAAUCUACACGAGAUAGGCGAGCGGUGUGUUGAGGAGCUCAAGCACUUCAUCGCAGAGUACGACACUUCCACUCAAGAGUUCGGAGAGCCUUUUUAGAAAACCUCACCCUCAGAAAAGUGUUCUUGACCCCCCACCCCUGGAUUGUAUAAAUCCUUAAUAUAUGGAAUUUUUGCAGUGAAGAGACAUACUCUAUGAUAGUUGACCACAUUUCCGUAUCAAAUAAAGAUGUCAAACCGAACAUCUCAGUUGGAAUAGUCUCCAUCCACCUGCAGAGCCGCUCUUCCAGCCUCUUUGUCCCCAGGUGGUGCUGGGACAGUUAAGUUUUCAGGCUUUGAGAGUGCAGUCCUGGGAGGCACGUGCUGUCCUCACUCGCGCUGCGUUGUCUUUCCCACACUGGAUUUUCUGUUUGGUCCCUGAAGUGUGAGGCACAGCUCACAGAUUUUCCACUUCAGCCUUAGUAAUCUUUCCCGAGUGCGCGAGAACGUUCGAAUUCUGACUUUCGGUUUUCUUGGAGUCUUGCUUGUUUUCCUUGGACUAUGUGUAUGUUAAAGUGUACUGUCCUAAUAAUUCUGACUCAGUGACAAAACAGAGUACUUGAAAUCUCGGCAAGGCACCUCAGAAUAAAAUCCCUUUCUUUUGCCCUGAUUGGACUCGAUGUCUCGUCUUAAAUAUCAUCCUGAAAGUCCCAAGGACUCCCACUGCUCUUUGACUCGUGGAAGGCAGCGUGAGGUGAAGGAUGAAGGGUAUUUGGAAGUGGAGAAUCCCUAACUAGUAAAUGUAUUUGGAAUAUGCCGACGUAGCAGGGUUUUACUUUCCUCCAUAGGCCCAUACUCCCUACUUCAAAAACAAAGGUGACUGAUGAGGUGCCCACAGUGAGACCAUUUUGGGUUACCCACAAUUCCUUGUCUCUGCCAGGGCUGGCAGGAGUUCUUAGUUCCUCACAGGUGGUGCCGAGCUCCAGUGCGUGCCUGCAGUCGGUGGUCUGGCCCUUCCCCAGCAGGGAGCAUUCGCACAGUCCCCUCAUUGCUGGUCACUUGCAGCUCAUGCUGGCACUGAGACAGAAUACAUCGUUUUGUGGCGCCCGUGAGGAAGCCCUAGGAAUCAUGUUUGUUACUGAACCAGCCAGUCAUCCUCUCUCUCCUUCCUUUCCCUCUCCAUUCUCUUCCAGUGCAGCCAUUCUUUGUAGUGGCGUUUACAGAAAGUAUGAAAAGAACUACCCCAGAAUAUAUAAAAGUUGCAAUACAGUGGGAAUAGCAGUGUGGAUAAUUUAACCGAACCUAUAAUGGGUGCCUCAAAAUGUGUGUUAGGCCACUCCAUCAGUGGAAAAGCUGGUUGAGGGCAACAGUGAGUUUUUAAGUCUGCUGCGUGCACCCCUUGGAUCUUUGUUUUUGCCAUCUGAAUGUUGUGCUGACCUAAACAUGAUGCCUGAGAAGCUACCAAGUGACAGUGGGAACUCAUUCAGCUCCAGAAGUCUCAGUAACAGAUGCUGCCGCCUCCCUUUUCUCCAAAUUCCAUGUAGCACCUAUAGCUGUUUAUAGCUCACUGCCAGCAUUGUUCUGUGGGUGUCAGUGUUAAAUCCCUCAGGGGUUUUUGAGCUGCCUUUUAAAUCCUAAUUUUAGCAUAGGGCAAUUCAGUUGUGUACCACUGUAUAUUUUGCAAAGCAUUCUGAAUUACAGAGAUUCGCUUGUAAACCAUUGUUUUUAGUAUGCCCAGUGAUAAAAUUGUCAUUGUCUGACUCCAAAGCCCACGAUGAUCAACAGGAAAACAGAUACUGUAAAGUGGUUUGUGAAUUUUAAAAGUGCAAAAUAAAGCAACUGAGUUUAAAUAA